AUGAAUACCACAUCUUCGUUGCAAAAACGAAGAUCAAAAUCGCUGGAUAAUAUCAUCAUCAGAAAGAAGGGCGAUCGACUGUCCUGCUAUCAAGACACAUUCACAUCGACAUCGCCCAUCGUAGCCAUUCAUGAUUUACCACCAAAGAGAAGGCACAGCAUACACGAGCCGCAUCAGCGAUUAGCCACCAUCUACGGUUGGGUAACCACUGCAAAAUCAAGUCAUAGUAUGCAUGAAUCAAAUCGGCGCCUGCACACUUCUCAAUCGUUUUCGCAUAUUCCUGCUGCUGCUGCUGCUGCUGCUAUAGAAGUUGAUUCUGUCAUGGGCUUGCCAGAUCAGACUACCAACAAGCUCUCUAAAAUGCUGGAAAAAACCAAAAAUAUCUCACUACUGUUUCCUAAUAAAACCAUCACUGGCAUCAGCAGCGACAACAGCCACUCACAUUAUCACCACCACCACCACCACCACCACCACCCCCGUCAACAUGUGGACCAGAUUCUACUGGAUCCAAUGCAGCAACAGCAUCAAAAUGAUGAAUCCUGGGUACAACCAAUAUCAACGGUACAGACGCUAACAUCACUACAACACGCAGACGCAGUAGUAGUAGUAGCAGAAAAUAGACCACCCCCUUUACCUAUUGAAAAUGAUCCGCAUAUAUUUGAUUUACUAGCUAAAGAUACAUCCAGGUUCAUUCACUAUGGCAAAUCAGAUGCUACCAUUACGUCGGCCACAGUAGAAAAACUGAUAGAGAAACUGACUCGUGAAAUGGAUAAUGAAUUCAUAAUGGACUUUUUCUUGACAUUUCGACAGUUUUUGACACCCAUCAAGCUCUGCAAACUGCUGAUUUUGAGAUUUCGCUGGGCGCUGCUACAAGACGAUGAUGAACGUCGAUUAAUUCGUAUAAGGACAUUUGUAGUCAUUCGUCAUUGGUUAACUCAUUACUGGACCUACGACUUUACCACAUCUCGCACACUACGCUACGUCUUGAGCACAUUUCUUACGCAGCUACAGUCAAAUCCAGUGAUACUGGCAUCACCUCGCGAUGAUAGAAUAGUCAAGAAUUUACGCAAUGUAUUGAAAAGACAACGCAAGUUCUAUCAGCAGCGGGUGGAUCCCCUUCAGCAGCAGGAACAAGAUGAAAAUGGAAAACUACCUUCCAGAAAAGACAGUGCCAUUGGUAUUUCAUCCUGCAGAAACAGCCUUCACCUCCACCACCACCCAGACAGCAGCGCUCACAGCAACACACCUGUACCUUCCUUGUCUUCAUGGACUACUAAAAUGAAGAGAUCGCUCAAGAGAACAGUGUCCAUUCGACAGUCGCAGUCCAAUGCAACAGCACGACCAUCUACUUUAUACUCGACCGUCAAUAAUGCACCGUGUAGCUGCCACCUUACAGAUUGUUCACUUAGUACUAGCAGCAGUGUCAGUCUAAACAACAUUCAGCAUAAAGAGCCAUGCACGAUGCGCCCUUCUUUUACAAGACCACCACCUGCACUUCACACCACCAACCGCUUUUUUCGUGCUUCCAAUGCAUCGACGACAACACUCUCACACUACAAAUCCAUCGUUCUCAAGUACCGUUCAGAAGUCAUUGCACAGCAAUUUUGUUUAAUCGAGCGGGCCAUGCUUCAGAACGUCACUUGGGAUGAACUGGUGGAUCUCAGGUGGAGAAAGCGGUCUGCUCAGAGAAAAUCGUUUGUAAUUGAAAUGACUACAUUGGAUGAUGAUGUGCCUGUAGGCGUAGACCAAAUGAUCGGCUUCUUCAACAUGACCUGUCAGUGGGUUGCGUCUGAGAUUGUGCGUUCACAGCAACUAGACACAAGAGUCAAAGUCAUUGAAAAGUUUCUUCGCAUCGCAUUGAAAUGCUAUCACCACCGAAACUACAGCACGUUGAUGCAGAUUCUACUGGGCCUACAAUCGCCUGCUGUAUCACGGCUAGAACGCACCUGGCAAAAAGUGGACCACUGUCAAAUGGAGCUGUUUAAUCAACUCAAGGAAAUGGCAAAACCCUUUCGCAAUUGGAAGAAUGUACGCGACUGCAUGACAAAAGCAACAGAAGAAGUAGCUGAAUCAUUUGCAGUGGAAAGUGUGCUGACAGGGAGCCUCAAAGAGUUUGACAACACGCACGGCUGUAUACCCUUUCUUGGCCUGUAUUUGUCUGAUUUGGUUUUUGUGGCUGAAUUACCUACGUUUAUAGGAUCUGCGCUGCCUGAUGAGGAGGAAGAGGAGGAAGACACGGAGCAGUUGAAAAACGACGACACGGAUUUAUGCGAGAGAUUAAGUCAUCACCUUGUCAAUUACAACAAAUUUCGAAUCACAGCAUCUGUUGUCAAGCACGUACUAGCAUUUCAAGUGCUAUCCAGAGCCUACAAUUUUAAAGUGCAUCCAACACUCCAUACACAUUUAAGGUCCAUCCGCUCGCUGGACAAUGCAGACAUUCGAAAAGCCAGUUUUCUUUGCGAAGAGUAA